AUGAGCCCCCGGCCCUCCACCCUCCUGGGCCUCUUGCUCUGUCUGGGCCAGAUGAUCCACACACAGGAGGGGAACCUGCCCAAACCCUCCCUCAGGGCCGAGCCAGGCCCUGUGAUCCCCCGGGGACGGCCUGUGACCUUCGUGUGCCGGGGCCCAGCUGGGGCUGAGUUAUUCCGUCUGGAGAAGGAUGAAAGACAAACAGUCUCUGAUCAGAAAAGUGUGCCUCAAGAUGGUUCUCAGGGCACAGAGGCCAGAUUUCUCAUCGGUGCGGUGAGUAACGUCACUGCCGGGCGUUACAGCUGCCUCUACAACCAAGGGUUCCGCUGGUCUGAGCGCAGUGAGCCCCUGCAGCUGCAGAUGACAGGGAAGAACGUCUCCACUCCACCCUCAGGUCUUCAAAGUUACCAUGAGAUUCUGAUCGGAGUCUCAGUGACCUUCAUCCUACUGCUCUUCCUCCUCCUCCUCCUCCUCUUCCUCUUCAAGCAUCGGAACAAAUGCAGCAAGUCAGCUAAUUUCCAACUCUGUACAGGUGCUUUAAACCUUGAGGCGAAGACCAGAGCACUGCAGAAAAGCUCCAGCUCCAUGGCUGAUGACCAGGAGCAGAACCGGUAUGCUUCCCGAAGAGAAUCCCAAUCUGAGGAGGACAAAAAGAUGAACAGUCAGGAUACUCCGUCUGAGGAUGCCCAAAAUGUGACCUAUGCCCAGCUGAGUCACUUGACCCUCAAAGGAGAGACAACAGCAGCCCCUUCCUCCCCGUCAGACCAGCCCCAAGUGGAGCCCAGUGUGUAUGCUUCUCUGUCCUUCCACUAG